AUGGUGUAUUUAGUGCUGGCACAGUGUCGAGAGACGACCAGUGUUCGAAAUGUUCCUUUCAGCCUUCAACCAACGUUAGCUACAAGAGAGAAACAGUUAGAAACGUGGGCUAGUUUGGUGAUAGACUACGCACAACACAAUAAGAUCUUCACACUCGACGUCGCUGAAGUGGCCAAUAGUGAACUGUUCUACAACCAAAAACUAAAUAGGCGCCUUUCUCCUGAAGGAAUUCGUGCUGUGUUCGACUACCUCGAGCAGAAAAAGCACGUCGAGUGGAUCGAUAUUGUGAAAACCCGGUGUCAUAUCUAUUGGCGGCGCCCGGACGAGUGGGCGGCUUUGAUCUACGCGUGGGCUGUUUCAAACGGUUUGCUGAACACACCGUGUACUUUGUAUGAGAUCGCACACGGAGACGAUACUGUACAAGAAUCUUUUUACGGUUUGGAAAAAGACGUAUUGGUGAAAGCACUACGAAGUCUAGAGCUGCAGCGACGUGCACAGUUGAUGAAUAUUGGCACGGAGUCAGAGGGUUUGUCUCAUUGCCAGAAUUUAUCUUGCGAGUAUUUAUCGUCAAUUAUGGCUGUUGUUUUUGCUCAACCCAACAAGUCGGACAGUUUGGACAGUUCUACCUCUGCUCCUUGUAAUCCAAAUGCUCCCUCGUUUUUCAAGUAUUCGGAGCUGAUCGAAGAGGGCGACACCGUCAUCAUUUAUGUAACCUUUGACACGACGCAUGCUAUCAUAGCAAAACGUGGUCUCACACUUUGCAUGAAGUACGGUGCUCUUCGGCAUGAGUUUGUGAUUGGAAAGCCAUGGGGAUCACGUAUAUCGGCUACAGCUGGUUAUGUGUACGCAUUACGUCCAACACCUGAAUUGUGGACACGAUCAUUACCACGUCGCACACAGAUACUUUAUACACCCGACUGCAGCCUUAUUUUGCAACUCCUGGACGCUCGACCAGGAUCGGUGAUAUGUGAGUCUGGCACAGGAAGUGGAAGUCUGAGUCAUGCUAUCGCUAUGGCUGUCGCCCCUACUGGUCACUUGUACACCCACGACAUUGAAGAAAGUCGCACGAGAAAUGUGGAGCAAGAGUUUAGGGAGCAUGGACUGGCUGAUGUCACAACUGCUGUCGUUUUGAAUGUAUGCACAGAUGGCUUCUUUGUGACGAAUGCAUGCGAUGGUGUUUUUCUUGACGUUCCAGCUCCAUGGGAAGCGAUUCCCCAUGCCGCCGGCGCCAUAUCGCGCACUCGAGGAGGGCGCUUGGUGUCAUUCAGUCCAUGUAUUGAGCAGGUCCAACGUGCGUGCGAUAUAAUGCGACAGGUGGGAUUCGUGCAGGUGGAAACUGUUGAAAUUGUUCAUAGGACCUAUAAAGUGAGUGGAGCUAAUUUUCUGAUGUUUCAUAUUCCUAAGCUUUUUGGUAUAAGAAUUGGUAUUUUGCUAAGUAAAUGUGGCAGAACAAUGGUUUUGGUCGAUACGAAACGCGACCUGAACAUGCGAACGCUUUCCAGGGAUUCGCCGGUGCCACAAACGCCAGGCCGUUCGACUGCGAUUGUCUAUCCGUUCAGCCAGCCAACACACACAGGCUACCUGACGCAUGCAACCAUGUUGCCGAGAGACUAG